AUGGAAGCCCUCUCCGGGGCUGCCAGCGGCAUAGCCGUGGUUUCCCUGACAAUACAACUAAUCCAAUCCGUCGCACUUGUACGAGAGUUCAUACAAGAUGUCAAAGGCGCGUCGAAAGAGUUGCAACGGCUUGUGGGCAAACUGGAGCUGCUUAACGCAUUGCUAGACGAUGCGGCAAAGGUCCUGGAGCAACAGUCAUCUCUCUCAGGAAUGCACUUCCCAGCACCUUCGAUGGCAAUCUUCAAGUGUCUUCAAGACUGUGAGAAGUCUAUACAGCCGCUUGUGGACAUUGUAAAGAAACUCAGUCUGCCGCAAUCUCAGUCUAGUUGGUCUACAGCUAGGCUCAAAAGUGAGAUCAAGCUUGGAUUGAAGGCAAAGGAAAUCACAACCCUUGAGACCCGUAUACAACAUGACAUUGAUCUUCUUACUACUAAUCUUUCAAUAAACCAAAGCGGCAUCUUGAUGAGCCUGUUCCCAAUAUUACUCCGAAGUCAAGAAACAAAGCUGAACAGUCGUACUAACUCUGCUGUGACUUCUGUUUCAUGCUCAGACUCGAAGCUUACUAUUGGAACUUCCGAUACCGUGUCUUCGGUUCCGCCAUCUCCGGUCCGAUAUUCACAACAGACGAUACUUGUACGCUCUGCCCUUGAAAAACUUGGACUCUACCGUCGCAAAGUCGUACGUUACCAGGACUGGACACUCAAAGAUCAGCAAAGUAAUGUUAAAAGCUACAAAAGAGACAUACUUUGGACAGCUCAUGAAGUCUCUGCGGUGUGGACGUUCUUAGGCUUCGGUCUGACUUUCACCCAGCAGUAUCCAUACGGCAGCAUCUUUCCCACGCUCAGAACGUAUCCUAUAGGUGACCCAAGUAGUAGAUUUUAUGAUAUCAUAUGCGACGGAAGCGUUCGACAGCUCCAAGAAGAGAUUAGUUCUGGCGCUCUUCAUCCGUUCUUGCGAACGGCUGAAGGACACUCCCUGCUUCAUUAUGCUGCUAUAAACCACAGAUCGGAUAUAUGUCGACUACUCCUUGGAUACGGCGUAAAACCAGAACUCUCAUUACGCAACCAGUCACCUUUAUCACUAGCAUUGAACAUCUGUCAGCCACGUUCGUUACCCGCCAAUACGAUCGAUACAUAUCGAUGUUUUCUCGACGAUCUAGAUCUGGUCCAUGAACUCAAGAGAUUAGACAAGAAGUGGUUUGAUGGCCUCGCUUGCUUUGGAAAUGAUGAAGCUCAAUGGCUUUGGCAAAAAAGCUUAGAACUAUUUGUAGGCGCAGAUCUUCGAAGGAACCAACGGGUCAUAAUCCGACGAUCUUGUGCUAGUGUUGCUAGAAGGCGACAUCGCUUAUGGCACAAAUCCCAGUUUCCCGCCUUCCGGAUGAACAGAGACAUCCUCAGCGACAUCCAAUAUGGCCGUUAUCAAAUAAUCGAAGCUAUGUUCACAGUAUGCGAGGAAUCCAUGUAUAGCUACAUUGCUGGUGCUCAAUUCUUGGAUUGGCUCGUCUCUUUGGAUUUGGACCCCGAAUUGUGUGUGGUUAGCGAACGAGCGGACAGGUCACCAUAUAUCGAUAAUCGGAGGAUUGUGUUUGAACGCAACUGGGAGCAAAAGUGGGUUCUGGGCUUCGAAUGGGUUUUGGAUCACCAAGCACCUGGCUACAGCCUGCUCUCAGAGUAUCCCACGUUGACUGUGGAAAAGGAUUGGAGUCUCGAUUGGCCCUUUGGUGGACGGGACUAUUGGGACCGUCAGUACCUGGACAACCGUAGCGCGCGUUUCAACCGUCGUACAACUGCCAAAGAACACAAAGAACGCGCACGUUCAGGUAAAAAACCACGAAGUCGAAUGCCAGGAGCAUGGAAAUGGUGA